AUGCUCAAGCUCUACGGUCACCACAACCUACCCUUUAAAUAUUUGCUUGGCGAGUUGGGUCGACUCGAAGCCGAGCACAUUGCCACCCUUGCCAGAGGAGCACCUCAAGACACCAACCAAGAUACCAACAACAAACUAAUCGCCAAACAAAUAGUACUUGCCUAUCAAACAGUCUUUAAAAUUUAUAUUCAAACUGGAAAAUCUUCACAAGCUUUGGAUUUGGCUCAUACAUUUAUUGAUCAUUCAAAUAUAGUAGUCAUUAAAGGCGAUGAUGGUGGUAAUGAUCAACAAACCAACAACACUACAACAUCUCCAAUCACACAAUAUAAUAAUGAAUUGUACGAAAAUUUAAUUGGACAUUUAAUAGUUACGUUUGAAUCGUUCAAACUUACAUCGGAUAAAAUACCAGAACUCACUCUACAACUAUGGUCAUUGCCACAGAAACAAUUGUACAGAUCACUCGAAGUCAUUGUGUCACUUUCUCUACUCUCUAGAAACCACCAUAUCGCCGAAUUCUAUUACAAACAACAAGAAAAGAGAAAUGUAUUGCCCAACUAUCUCCGUCUUGUUCUUUGGAUCUAUCAUUACUAUACCCAUCCAUCGAUUAUUUCACAUCUCCAACAACAAGAAGGAAAUGAUCAAAUAGCUCGUUGGGAAGAAACUUUAACAAGGUUGAAUAUUCCAAUCAACCCAGCCAGCUCAUAA